AAAUAUUUCGUCAAUGCGUCCUCGCCCGAAGCGGCGAAGAAAUCUUGGUCUCUCGCUCGAGGCCUCCGACUCGGAAAGGACGAGCGAGGAGGAUGAGCUACUACAACCAGCAGCCCCCCGUCGGCGUCCCUCCUCCUCAAGGAUAUCCGCCGGAGGGAUACGCCAAGGGCACGUAUGCGCCGCCCGGGUACCCACCGCAGGGCUACCCGCCGCAGAGCUAUCCGCCGCCCGGUUACCCGCCGCAGGGCUACCCGCCGCAGGGCUACCCUCCGCCCUACGCCCAGGCGCCGCCACCGCCGCCCCAGAAGCAGAGCAGCGGCCCCUCCUUCGUCGAGGGAUGCCUGGCUGCUCUUUGCUGCUGCUGCCUUCUGGAAGCUUGCUUCUGAGAGGGGCUUCGAAAAAUUUGGGCAAUAUGGUCUGAUUUAAGGAGAUUGGUUGACGCAAUAACUAGUUUGCAUUUGCAAAGAAUCCUGUAUACAAUGAUUUGCCUUUUUCUUUGUAUUCUUCUUUCUUGUAUGUUUGUUAUAAGAAAUCUAGAAUUGAGUGUGCUACGCUUGUUUUACAUUUGAAUUACAUGAUCUCCUGUUAUGUAAUGGAACAUGAAGCAUUAAGUGCUCUUUGCUGCGAUUUGGAGUUGGUA